UCCACCAGUCGUCCGAACUUCCGGUCUUUUACUCGCUUAGUGCUAGACUUAAUUUGUACAGCGGAAAAACGCAGAGAGGAGACAUCACUGUGUCCGUCAGCAGCAGAUGGAGCAGCCUGUGGUGUUCUGUUACUACUCUACAGGUGGAGCAGACUGAGGAGGGGGAGAAUAUAGAGGAACACAGGGGUCUGUACAAGGACGUGAUGAUGGAGAAUCACCGGCCCCUCACAUCACUGGAUGGACCCAGUAACAGAGAUACCCCAGAGAGAUGUCCCCGUCCUCUGUAUUCCCAGGAUUGUACAGAGGAGAAUCACAGGAUCCCACAGGAGAAUCAGGCAAAAGAUCUUACUGAUAUUAAGAUAGAAGUUCUAGACUUAGAAGAAGAGACGUAUGUGACUGAUAUAAAGGCAGAAGAUUCAGAGGGAGAAGAAGAGACGUAUGUGACUGAUAUAAAGGCAGAAGAUACAGAGGGAGAAGAAGAGACGUAUUUGAUGGAUAUAAAGGCAGAAGAUAUAGAUGGAGAAGAAGAAAUGUAUGUGACUGAUAUUAAGGUGGAAGAUAUAGAGGGAGAAGAAGAGACGUAUGUGAUGGGUGAUCAGCAGUGUAAGGAGGAGGAGAUCACUACAGAUAUCAGCACAGAUGGUGAAAUAGAAGAUAGAAACGUCACCCAAGAUUCUGCAGAAGAAAACCAUAUUGCCCCAGUUAUACAUCCAGCACUUCACCAUGCAGAUACGUCACCUGAUCCCUCUGAUCAUUGGGAAUGUUCCCCUGAUAACUCUGAUAUUGAUGCUUCUGUUACAGCAGUAGAUACAGUGUGUCCCUCUACUAUAGAUACUAAAUGUUAUAUACAGAACACAAAGCGUAUAACUCAUCAGCCAGAUGAGAGGCCAUUUUCAUGUUCUGAGUGUGGGAAAUGUUUUACAUACAAAUCAACUUUUGUUUCACAUCAGAGAUAUCACACAGGUGAGAAACCAUUUCCAUGUUCUGAGUGUGGGAAAUGUUUUACACAGAAAUCCGUUCUCGUUAGACAUCAGAGAAGUCACACAGGUGAGAGGCCAUUUCCAUGUUCUGAGUGUGGGAAAAGUUUUACCUACAAAUCAACUCUUGUUACACAUCAGAGAAGUCACACAGGUGAGAAGCCAUUUUCCUGUUCUGAGUGUGAGAAAUGCUUUACACAGAAAUCAAUUCUUGUUAGACAUCAGAGAAGUCACACAGGUGAGAAACCAUUUCCAUGUCCUGAGUGUGGGAAAUGUUUUACACUGAAAUCACAUCUUGUUAGACAUCAGAGUUAUCACACAGGCGAGAAACCAUUUCCAUGUUCUGAGUGUGGGAAAUGUUUUACACAGAAAACAUCUCUUGUAAUACAUCAGAAGUCACACAGGUGAGAGACCGUUUUUGGGUCCUGAGUAAGUGGAGUUACUCAGGUGGCACUUAGUUUGUUUGCAAGUUGAGAAUAUUUUAUCCAAGGAAUGAAUGCCAGUAAGCAUAGUAUGUCUCAUGUCACAGGCUAUUUAUUGACCUAAUUAUUUUAAUAAUACAAUAAAAUAUCACAUUGAAAAAAUAGAGCUAUAAAAUCUAUAAAAUAAACAUGGUGAAUAACAGUAAAAACAUAUGUGAUAAUAAACUAAUCCAUACAAUUCA